AUGCUAUUAAGCUUUCUCGCCUUUUGGCUGAGAGCAUUUUUGGUUAACGGUGUGUUUGUUGAAGAAGCAUUCGAAACCGAUUGGCAUUUAGAAAGCUUGGGCCAUUACGAAUGUGUGCUUGAAAGUCCUGAGCAAGGUGCUUUGAUCAUUUUAUCGAGUAUUGAUUCAAAAACCCUGGUAUCUUUCGUCAAUGAAACUAAUGGACAAUUGUUGCAUAGGCAAUUGUGGGGUUCGAAGACAUCGGAUGCUAUGAUGCUACCGGACAGUAAUCACUACUUGUUGAGGGAUUACGAUGGUAAAAUUUCUGUUUUUGAUAGCUCUUCGGGAUUGCAAACUACCACUUACGAUGCAUCUAACGUCGAAUUCGUCUCUGCAUGCGAUCCCAAACUGACUGAUGUCAAGGUUACAACUCAUUCGUUACAGGUGCUAGAAGCAGAAUCUAAGCUAGAAGUACUUCGUGUGAAUGUGUCUUCUACGCUUGAUACGGUAGUUUUCUUCAGCACAGAUUAUAGCUCGAUUGUCAAAGUUUUAUACUCCACCACCGACGGGAAAUACGUAUACCAAUCGUUGAAGAACAACGAAAUGCUCAAGGAAUGGAUAAGGGAAGACUUGAAUGGUGAGGUUAUUGCCCAUACUUUUAUCAAUCUGAUCGACGGUUCUUUACAGACAAUAUCGGAAGAGCUAGCGACAGAGGACGCAUUCCAGAAUGUCUGGGAGGCAUACGUGUUUAGAGUCACAACAAAUUGGGGAAGGCUCAGAGAGACUUUAAGAGAGUCAGGAUACUCGAUCGGAAAGGUCUUGACUAAGCUUAUGAAACUUGAUAGUGACGCAUUCGGUGCUGGUCCAGAUGUGGUCUUUGGACUUGCAAAACUAUUGGUGGUAGCUACGGACCGCUUUGUAAUUGAAGCUUUUGAUGUUCAGAAUGGGAAGAAAGUUUGGCGUUUUGACUGCGGCUUGAAAGUUGUGCUGUUGGAUUACGCCGAAGAAUCGAACGAGCUACGUGUUUUUUCUAAAGAUGGCAGUUACGAGAUUUAUGACCUUUCCGAUGCCUACAGUCCUCAACUCAAAACACAAACAAGUUUUGACGGUGGUAACGUCAAGUCUAUUUCAUCCCUCAAGUCAAACGAAUUCUUCGUCGAAUUUGAAAGCGGUGAAGAGCAAGUUAUUUUCAUAGGUGGAGAUCGAGAGAAAUUAGGUGACACUUUUAUUACUAACCAUGAUAGUAAUGGUGUUUAUGGGCAUAUUGUUAAUAAGGACGGGCUAUUGAAGGAGACUUGGAAAAUUGAACUUUUGGAUUCAGAGGAAUUGGUCGCAUUUGCUAGUAGACAUGAGGAACCUACUGCCACUUUAGGUCAGACACUUGGUGACCGGUCGGUCUUAUACAAGUAUCUAUAUCCAAACCUGGCAGCAUAUGUCACAUUGAACUCGCAAAAGGGUAAAAUGUUUGUAAACCUCAUCGACACUGUCACUGGUGAACUUUUGUACAGUCAAAGUCAUGAUGAUAAAGUUGAUGGCGAUGCCCCCAUCAAUAUUGUGUUUGGCGAAUACUGGUUUGUUUACUCAUAUUUUAGUGCUGAGCCUAUCCCCGAGCAAAAGCUAGUUACCGUCGAGCUUUAUGAAUCGCUUGAGGCAAACAAAAGAGUGUCUAACGCUGUUAGGAAGAGUAAUGUGCUCAUGAGAUCUCAUAAACCCAAGGUGAUCUCCGCAGCAUACUUCUUUCCUGAGGUAAUUAGACGAAUGACAGUCUCCAAGGGGAAGUUCGGUAUAACUUCAAAGGCCAUAAUUAUGGAGCUUGAAAGCGGGCAAAUCACUUAUCUGGCAAAGGAAAUUCUCAGCGCUAGACGUGUUGAAGAAUCGAAAAUGACUGAUGACGCCAAGAAAGAAUUCAUGGCCAUGCCUUAUAUCAGUACAAUUCCUCUUAAUGACCAGUUCAUUAUAACCCAUUCAAGGAAUUUGCUGAUGGGUCAGAACUCACAAUUAGUGUCGGUAGCGACAAAUUUAGAGUCCACAACUAUUGUUUGUGACAUAGGCCACGACAUUUUUUGCACUAAGAUAUAUCCUUCGGGUCAAUUUGACAUUAUGAGUCCAGACUUCGAGAAGGGAAAGCUCCUAGCGACGAUAAUCGGGCUAGUGAUACUGUGCUAUUUCUUGCGUCCAUCUGUUGAAGCUGCAAAACUAAAGAAAUUGUGGCUUGUGAGAUAG